CUUCGAGCUACAGCGGUUUACUCGACUUCUUCAAUAAUGUAAAUAAAGAAAGUUGUUUCGUUGAGCAGAUUUUUACUUUCAACUUUUUAGCAUUUUAUUCACAUCCCUUUCUCUAAGUAAUCUGGACACCUGAAAUUUGAUCUCGCUCAAGUCCUAAUAGUCCUCCUAUGUAGUCAGAAAGAAAUUGUCAAUCUAAAAUAAAAUACCCAACUUUAAUAGCUUUAGGUUCGCUUCGCAUUGCAUGUGAUUUCGAUAAUUUUGAAUAUACUCGAAAUUAUUAUCAUCAUCUCGAAUUGUGUCUGUGGCUGGCUGCGUCUUGUUAGGUAAACUAAACUAUCGGGUGAAAGGUAGUAAACCAAGACUGACUGACAGUUAAGAAUAGAGCUGGAUUUAUCGGGAGCUACAUGUAUCAUGAUCUGCUAUGACUUUCAAAGAACAGAUGAUAACGUGUGUUUCUAAUAUAUUCUGUUGUCUAUACUCGUAUUAUGGAACAACGCCAAGGAAAACAUUUACAAGAUACUGCGAAAAACUACUCACCUGCUGAUGGCACCGGAGACCAUGUUCCUACGCAGAGUGGCAACAACUUGUUGCCCGACAUAUUUCUUGACCUAGAGUCUCACGAUUCUGGACAUUUCACCGUGACCCCCGACAUUGAGCACCGUCCUUCUGGAGGCAGUGGAGGGUCAUCUCGAGACCAGAGCCCUACCUCUAUCCUUCAUGGUCACUCCGAAAAUCCCACAACGACUUCUUUGGCCGCUCAUUUAGUUCUUCAGGUUUGUCGAGAUGGACAAUCUGGAGAAUCGAGAGGAGAAGGAAAUAUUGCACAGUCGUUACCAACAAAAUACGCUUACUCUGGUCAUAAUAUAUCUACUAAGUCAGUAAAAUUUAAUCACGACAACAACGACCUCAAUGAACAUGACAUAGUUUCUCCUUCAUCGCCCACCUCAGUUGGGUUCCUUAAGACAACUCUAGACAAUUUUAACGCAUUGUACCAAGAAAAACUUCAGAUGAUUGAAGAUGUAGGAGCACAAGGAGAUACGGCAACUAAGCAAUCACUGGCAGAAAAGAAAGCCAACAUUUUGGAAUGCUGGGCAAAAGACGUCUGUGUUCAAAAUAUUGUUUUAAUCCACACAGUUGAGGAACUGGAGAAGCAAGGCAUUGAAAAAAUGCGAACUCUACAACAGAAAAUUAGCGAGUCUACCAAUUUAAUGAAGAAACACAAAAUAGUUGUUGACUCGUACGAAGAAAGAAUCAACGGGCUGUUGAAAGAGAAAGUUGUGGCAACUGAAAUUCAUAAGGCCUUGAAACAAGACCUUGAUAAAAUCAAAACUGAAUAUAAACGAAUUCGAGGACGGGUUAACCAGUUGGAGAAAGACAAUGAUAGCCUUGUUUCACUUGUGACGAGAAUUCGGGACAUGGGAAUAUGGGAUGUCGGUGGCCUGGAGUUCCACAAACGAACAUUUUCUCAAAUAUUUGAACUGUACCCCCAUUUGCCUGGAAGUGAAGUUCAAACAGUUUUUACCCGAGAGAAAGCAAAACAGAUUAGGGAAAAUGAAGACACUGUUGAAAAGUUGGAGUUCAAAGUUGCAGAGUUGCAAAACUUUCAGUCAAAUGCUUCUCUCAGUAUUGAACGAAAAGAUAGUACAAUUUCUGAGUUGGAGGCAGAGGUGAAUCGUGUGGUGGGAAAGCUCCAACAAUGUCAAGAAGAAUGUGACCACUAUAAGAAAAGCUUAAUAGAAACACAAGAAAUGUUGCUACAUACGACGAAAGAAUUGCAAGAACGUAUCAAUUCACCAUCCAACCACCCGAAUGAUUCAGAUUCAGCAAGACAUGCGGAAAUCCAGGAAUUACUCCAAGAACUUAGAAACGUGAAAGACCAGCUUAAUAUUUCAGUUAGGGAAAGCCAAAGUGCCAAAGAAGAAACAAAUAUGAUUAGAAGAGAAUUUAGUGAUCGCCUUCGCACAAUGCAAGAAAGUCAACAGUGUCUUCAAUCGGAAUUUUCUCACUCCUUUGACACUCACCAAUUGGUUCGAGAAAAACAGCUAGAGUUGGACAAGACCAAGGAAGAAGCCCAAACGUACCAAGCGAAAUGUGAAACCACUGCGAUGCAAUUAGACAAAAAAGAUAAGAUUAUCGAAGAGCUGCAAAGCACAAUCAAACAGUUAAACAACAAGAAUGUACACUCAUCAAAUAUGAGCUUUCUUCCAUCCUUCUCAAAAUGCGAACGAGAUAGAGCUGCCAAGUCUGGUGUACAUAGGCAAAGUAUUCUUGCACACCAGAAACCUGCAUGGAGUGACAAUUUCGUCAAGUGCAGUACUCUGGACAAUUCCCCGAGUGCGACAAAUCUGUCGAGUAGUAAUAAGACUGGAUCGAGGAGAUUUACUAAAUCUCCCUGUGACCAGUUUGAGGACAGUUCCCAAAACAAAUAUAGUUUUGCCGAUAUUGGCGAAAUUUCCAAGUCGACUCUCGAAGGGAGACAAAAAUACUGCAACACAGAUAAGAGUAAGAUGUCUCUGUGUAGUUGUGCUGCACUAAUUUGUGAUUCGCCGUAUUAUUCAAGCUGUGCUAACUCAUCUCCAUCCACUGUAAAUGUCACAUUGAAAAAUGCACAAAUAAGUGGGAAAGUACGUCCAGACGUUAGACUAAACAGCAACAAUACCACAUCAAAGAAAGCUGAAAAGUUGAUGAAAAAUAUGAAACCCAACUCAACUCCAUUUGCUACCAAGAAUAGUCCCCUCCUUCAUCCACCGUCUGGCGUAAAUCUUCGGACUCACGCUACGACUACUUGUGAGUCAUUGAUGAGAGUGGCUGUUAAAGCUUCUAGAAACAUACUGGACUCUGAAAUUCCAAAAGAUGUAUCCUCUAUCACAGUCGUCGCAGGACAUAGAUCGUACCAUAAUAAGAGAAAAGAAAACACGAUAAAAAUUCGAACUGACAGGGAUCAAAAGAUUACUAGCGAUCAUAGUCAAUUCGACAUGACCAAUCUAGAAUCAUCGUCACCGUCACUCCCUCGUGCUCCACCCCCACACUUGUCUAAAAGUUUAGAAGAGUUGUUGACAGAACUUCCUGAAGAGCCGUACGCCAACGUCGUACGCGAGUGGAUUCAAUCUUCACAAACGGCUGAAACAACGCCAAUGACGAAGAGUACCAGUAAAACAUCGGUUCGAAUAGAACCUCGCCCCACACUGCGUAAAGUCAUACCCAAUCCAAAUAGUGCACCGAAAGACAUUGCUUUGCAUCUGGCUAGUGAGAAAAAUGCUUUACUUUCAUCUAACAAGAUGUAUGCUGAAAAGAGUCGGCAAAUCGAACAAGACAUAAUUGAUAUCAAAGACGAGUGGAAUCGUAUUUUCUCAAACAUUGACCAACCCACUCCUUCCCGUGAGCCAGUUCUGAUUUCAAAGAUGUCGGAAAAUGGUCUACCCGAUUCUGUGUCUGUAACCGACAAAGCAAACGUCGAGAAGGAGCGACUCGGUCAUCAGUUCGAAAUGGAGAAAUUGCAACUUGUAGAAGACUUUACGAAGCAGCUCAAGGACAAAGACAUCGAAAUCACAAUGCAGAAGGUAACGAUUCAGCAUCUUCAGAACUCAUUGGUAGCUAUGAAGAGAGGGCAGCCAUUCCCCGUUCCCGAUAGUUCAAAUAAUGCGAAUGGUAUCAACGGUGGAAAAGUUUUCGAAAUUUGAUAAAUGUGGCUGCUGUGUGGGUAUGAUUAAAGAGUAUUCAGUCAAUGUGUCAGCCUUGUGAAAUUUUAACUCAAUGAUGUGAUAUUCCUGAAUAUAUAUUGAACUUGAACUAUCUUUUGUGAUUCAUAAAGAUAUUAAUUGGUCACCAAUUAGAUUUACAAGACCACAAAAUGUGUAUAAUUGUUGAAAUCCAACUUUUUCGGAAACAGCGUGUGUGCGUCUUAUAUCUAUCCUUCCUAUACCCUAGCACCCAUAUUACACGAAAUCCAAUAUAUUCCAUGCGAAGAAUAAACCUAAAAUGGUAUUUUAUCACAACGGGGGUAUUACGUAUGUAUAAGCUUUAACCGUAUAUCUAGUCCAAUUUACCUGUAUUAUGAUUAGUGCAAACGCAAACGUAGUUUUUGAGUGUAACUUCAGCCGAGAUUUAUUAUUAUGUAACUUGACUAAAUAGGUGCCCACUACGUAUUAUGUAUUUAUCGAUAUACUAAUUUGUGGCCAAUAAACUGUUUGUUUGAAA